AUGACCGACAAAGAAGUUACGCGGGCCCUUGCUUUAAUCGAUAAGCCCAUGACAGAUCAAUCGAGGACCACCGGCCCAUUUUCGGUCUUUCAUGUUCAGUCUGAGCACGGCCAGUCUGAUCUACAGCCGGGCUUCUGGUUUCUCGGGGAAGCAGAAAAGCCACCAGCUCAACGCGACAACGAAUUUAGUCAGAAUAAAGAUCUUGGACCUGCAGCAGAACAGCAUACCACGUUUGAGGUUGAUGAUCCUCGGUGGAUGAGCCUGUCAUUGACCAGAGGUCUAGAUAUACUCUUUGAAGACUCUUCUAUAGCUCUGAACGAGAGAAAUGUUCAUGAGAUAGAGGAUGAAUCAGACAACUCCAACGAAAGCUCAAUAACACCAACCCAAAAAGGGUUACUGGACAAGACUAUUUCCCAUACUAGUGGUGAUUAUCCCGCUAGUUGGAAUAUCGUGGGAUCUACAGCCUUGAUUCGUCCAAGAGAUCAUGUGGCCCAAGAGAUUGAGUCUUCGAUACCCCUCAGGCACAAUGGACUUGCAUUGCAAAUACCAAGCACCAUGAAAUUGGGGGCACCAUCAAACACUCUUUCCUACAGUCUCGGUUAUCCCCAAAUCAAGGAUCCUUCGAUAAAUAUGCUCAUCCAUCACUAUACAAACAACAUCGUCCAUUUGAUGCAGCCUGUCUCCCACAGGGGAAAUCCUUUCCAAACAUUAUAUCUCCCCCUUGCCAUUGAAGGAUCAAGUUUCACUGAAACUGACCAAGACUCGCAAGGGAUAUCUUCAGCAACGGUUGCUGUAUUUCACAGUUUGCUGUGCUCUGCGGCUACCAACCUACAAGGCCUAGGGUCUAGUGAUAAUGGACUUCAGCAGCUUGCAUGCUGCCACAAAGAGCGGGCUCUAAAUGCACUGCGAAACUCACUGGUCAGGAAGGUUGGCCGGUACAAAGACUUAAUGGUAGCCAUUUUGUCUUUGGUAUCUGUUGAUAUUCUCGACGGUGGUGUGAACGAUCAUUGGAUUCAUUUAGAUGCCGCCAUCAAACUUCAAGCAUCACGACACCACGCAAACCUAGUCAGUCGAGAGACCAGUCAGCUUAACAUGAUAUGCACCAUGCUUCGACUUUUUGCCCAGACUGCACUUCCGUGGUCGGACCCAACUCCAUGGAAUGAUGAUGCUGACCCCGAUCGGACGGAUCAUGACUUUUCGGAUCCGAGCAUUGAAUACAUUUACGGCAUUACGACGAAUCUUGCCAGGCUUAUAAAGCGAAUAUACGAAAUAACGCAGCAUCUUGCAUUUUACAAGGGCAGAGAGUACCCCACCACUCUCCUAGCAGCUUGCGAGGAGUUGGGAGAUCAUCUGAGUUCUUGGAAUAUUGAUUCAGAGCCAUUCUCAGCGAUAGGUACGGAGAGGGAGGAUGCACGACAGGUCGCCCGGGCGCAGUCAAGGGCAUUCCAUUCUGCUGCUUCGAUCUACUACUAUCGAUCUGUCCAGAACUGCAAGCGGGAAUACCUCGGCACAGAGCAAGAAAAUACUCUCCUUGCCAUGAACGAGGCUGAAGACCUGAAGAUCCGUCUGAUUAAGGGUAGCUCUGCCCCAGCUCCACUCACAUGGCCAGCCUUUAUCGCAUCAUGCGAGGCGAUAGGCGAGUAUCGCCAGCGAUGGAAUGAGUGGUGGGCUCGGGUUGAAAAAUAUCGCCUGAAGAACUUUUCGAAACAGCAUAGUAUUGUGCAACAGGUAUGGAGCAAGCUUGAUAGAUCAGGAUCCCCCACAGAUUGGCGCGACGUGCUUGCGGAAAUGAAUUUCAGGAUCAUUCCGGUGUAA